UUUGCGCAUGUGCAGUUCAGAUGUGAUUUAUUAUUCAAAAUGGCGGAAGAGAAGCGACUUCGCGAAGGAGACGGCUUUUAUCGUCAACUUAACGAGGCAAAUUCGGGUGAACUGUUGUGGGGAGGCAUUCAAAAAAGAAAAAAGACACGGAGGAAUGGGGAUCCAACAUUUUAUCCCGUUGAAAGAGUUGUUUCACGGCAAAUAAACAAUGGAAAGACACAAUAUCUCUUAAAGUGGACAGGAUACAGUGCCUAUGAGAGUUCUUGGGUGGACGAAGAUUAUCUGAGUGCUGAUCUUGUUAGGAAUUUUGACAGCCCACAAGUGGAGACUUCACGCCUUCAAGGCAAUUUAGAUCGGCUGAGAGAGGCGAUGGAGGCAAAGCUUAAGAGAAGAACUAGGGUGCCUGUUUCAAUAGAAUUUCAUCAUGAUUGUUUUCGAUAUUGUUUUAGUGGCAAGGGUAUAAAAUCAAGGGAUGGGAAACAUAUUUUGCUUAGCAGCAAUGAUUUUAGGGUUUGUAAUUUUCCAAGGGAGUGGGACGUAUAUCUAGAUAAGAAUGGGGAUGGGGUUAAAAUUUCGUAUCCUGUCAAAAUGAAAACCUUUUUAAGCAAAUCUAUUAAGUGCUAUAAAGUAGUUGAUAAUUCUGUUGUAGAAGAUAAACAAAGAAUGUAUACUGAGAAAAUUACAUUUGAUUUUAUUAGAGAACCUUUUACAAUUUAAAUAUAUACAUGUAGAAUAAUAA